GAAGGCAUGUGGGGUACUGUAUCUCCCAACAGGCCAGGUUCCCUUAUUUCUUUCAUUUACUUUUAUGUUUUUAACUCCUUUAACUGUUGAACAAAGUUGACACUGCUUUGUUUAGCAAAUUAGAUGUUGCUGACAAUUAUGGCUGCAUUUGGUAGUCUGGGACUUGGCAGAGAUUAAUUGAGCUCUGGGUUUUUUGUUUUGUUUUGUUUUUUUGUUGUUGUAGCUGUUGGCAGCCAAUAGUUUCUUGUGAUUUGGGAAGGUGUCAAAGGUGUUAUGCCCUCGAGUUCUGAAGUUCUGGCUGAUGUGGUAAGAAAAAGCCGGAUUGAAGAGUGGAAGAGCAGCCACUUCAUAAGAAUGUCUUCUAAGCAAGCCACCUCUCCAUUUGCCUGUGCAGCUGAUGGAGAGGAAGCGAUGACCCAGGAUUUGACCUCCAGGGAAAAGGAAGAGGGCAGUGAUCAACAUGUGGCCUCCCAUCUGCCUCUGCAGCCCAUAAUGCACAACAAACCUCAUUCUGAGGAGCUACCAACACUUGUUACUACCAUUCAACAAGAUGCCGACUGGGACAGCGUUCUGUCGUCUCAGCAAAGAAUGGAAUCAGAGAAUAAUAAGUUAUGUUCCCUAUAUUCCUUCCGAAAUACCUCUACCUCACCACACAAGCCUGACGAAGGGAGUCGGGACCGUGAGAUAAUGACCAGUGUUACUUUUGGAACCCCAGAACGCCGAAAAGGGAGCCUUGCCGAUGUGGUGGAUACACUGAAACAGAAGAAGCUUGAGGAAAUGACUCGGACUGAACAAGAGGAUUCCUCCUGCAUGGAAAAACUACUUUCAAAAGAUUGGAAGGAAAAAAUGGAAAGACUAAAUACCAGUGAACUUCUUGGAGAAAUUAAAGGGACACCUGAGAGCCUGGCAGAAAAAGAACGACAGCUCUCCACCAUGAUUACCCAACUGAUUAGUUUACGAGAGCAGCUCCUGGCAGCACAUGAUGAACAGAAAAAACUGGCAGCCUCACAAAUUGAGAAACAACGGCAACAAAUGGACCUUGCUCGCCAACAGCAAGAACAGAUUGCAAGACAACAGCAGCAACUUCUGCAACAGCAGCACAAAAUUAAUCUCCUGCAGCAACAGAUCCAGCAGGUUCAGGGUCACAUGCCUCCGCUCAUGAUCCCAAUUUUUCCACAUGACCAGCGGACCCUGGCAGCAGCUGCUGCUGCCCAACAGGGAUUCCUCUUUCCCCCUGGAAUAACAUACAAACCAGGUGAUAACUACCCCGUACAGUUCAUUCCAUCAACAAUGGCAGCUGCUGCUGCUUCUGGACUCAGCCCUUUACAGCUCCAGAAGGGUCAUGUCUCCCACCCACAAAUUAACCCAAGGCUAAAGGGCCUAAGUGACCGUUUUGGCAGGAAUUUGGAUACCUUUGAACAUGGUGGUGGCCACUCUUACAACCACAAACAGAUUGAGCAGCUCUAUGCCGCUCAGCUGGCCAGCAUGCAGGUGUCACCUGGAGCAAAGAUGCCAUCAACUCCACAGCCACCAAACACAGCAGGGGAGGUCUCACCUACUGGGAUAAAAAAUGAAAAGAGAGGGACCAGCCCUGUAACUCAAGUUAAGGAUGAAGCAGCAGCACAGCCGCUGAAUCUCUCAUCCAGACCCAAGACAGCUGAGCCUGUAAAGUCCCCAACAUCGCCCACUCAGAGCCUUUUCCCAGCCAGCAAAACCAGCCCAGUAAAUCUGCCAAACAAAAGCAGCAUCCCUAGCCCCAUUGCUGGAAGCUUGGGAAGAGGAUCCUCUCUAGGUAAAUGGAAAGGUCAACACCAGGAAGAGACAUAUGAAUUAGAUAUCCUGUCCAGUCUCAACUCCCCUGCUCUCUUCGGGGAUCAGGAUACAGUGAUGAAAGCCAUUCAGGAGGCUCGAAAGAUGCGAGAACAGAUCCAGCGGGAGCAGCAGCAGCAACAGCCGCAUGGUGUUGACGGGAAACUUCCUUCCAUGAAUAAUAUGGGUCUGAACAACUGCAGAAAUGAAAAGGAAAGAACACGCUUUGAGAAUUUGGGGCCCCAGUUGACAGGAAAGUCAAGUGAAGAUGGAAAGCUGGGCCCAGGUGUCAUCGACCUUACUCGGCCAGAAGAUGCAGAGGGAAGUAAAGCAAUGAAUGGCUCUGCAGCUAAACUACAGCAGUAUUAUUGUUGGCCAACAGGAGGUGCCACUGUGGCUGAAGCACGUGUCUACAGGGAUGCCCGCGGCCGUGCCAGCAGUGAGCCACACAUCAAGCGACCAAUGAAUGCAUUCAUGGUUUGGGCGAAGGAUGAGAGAAGGAAAAUCCUUCAGGCCUUCCCUGACAUGCAUAACUCCAAUAUUAGCAAAAUCUUAGGAUCUCGCUGGAAAUCCAUGUCCAACCAAGAGAAGCAACCUUAUUAUGAAGAGCAGGCCCGACUAAGCAAGAUCCACUUAGAGAAGUACCCAAACUAUAAAUACAAACCCCGACCGAAACGCACCUGCAUUGUUGAUGGCAAAAAACUCCGGAUCGGGGAGUAUAAGCAACUGAUGAGGUCUCGGAGACAGGAGAUGAGGCAAUUCUUUACCGUGGGGCAACAGCCUCAGAUUCCAAUCACCACAGGAACAGGUGUUGUGUAUCCUGGUGCUAUUACUAUGGCAACUACCACACCAUCACCUCAGAUGACAUCUGACUGCUCUAGCACCUCUGCCAGCCCAGAGCCCGGCCUCCCAGUCAUCCAGAGCACUUAUGGAAUGAAGGCAGACAGCGGAAGCCUAGCUGGAAAUGAAAUGAUUAAUGGAGAGGAUGAAAUGGAAAUGUACGACGACUAUGAAGAUGAUCCCAAAUCAGACUAUAGCAGUGAAAAUGAAGCCCCGGAGGCUGUCAGUGCCAACUGAGGAGUGUUGUUUGCUGAGUUAAAAUACUCUGACAUUUCACCCCAUGUUCCCCAACAAAAAGUUCUUAAAGAGCCCGCAUGCAUUUGUGGCUCCACAAUUACAUCAGCAGAAUGGUCUUAAUUGUUUCGUAAAGUGUGAGACAGAUUAAGUUUUUCCUGAUUUUUCAUGAACUUGAGUUUUUUGUCGUUAUUGUUAUUGUUGUUGUUGUUGUUGUUUUUUAAUUUAGGUGAAGACAUAUUAAAUAUGAGACACCAGGACUUGAAAACUUAUCUCAACCCAUAGCUGUCUUACAAGUCUUAUAUUUUUGUCUUACCUUUUUUUUUCCCCCUUUUGGAUGUUGAUAAAGGUUUAAGUUACUGUUUUAGAUGGGGUUAAACAUUCUCACUCAGGUAUGCUGUGCCGGCCUACAGGUUGUGAAUGUGUUUUGAUUCUGAAUUAUUUUAGAGACAACUGAGGAUUUCAUAUUGUGAAACAGAACAAGUCCACAGCGUGUGCAGCUGCAUGUAGAGCAUUUUCAAAAGGCCUCGGAAUUCCACUUUUUUUUUUCCAUGUGUAGAGUUAAAGUUCAAAUGUGCCAAACUUUUUAGUAACUUUUGAAUCUUAAUAUUUUAAAGUCUUAAAGGAGACACUGCAAAGUCUUAGACAAUCUUUGACAUCUUAAAAUAAAAUAGCAAACCACAAAUUUUUUUUCCAGAAAAUGGUAAAGUACUCAGGAAUCUGGAGACAAGAUAUUGUAUGGAAUGAACAAGGUUGCCACAGUACAUGUACCCAAUUGUGUUUGCCUCUUGAUGUGCCAUCAGUGUGUGACGUGGCAUGACGUAUGCACACCAGAGCAAUCACACCAGAUACCAACACGGUGGCCUUCUCUGCCUGAGACCACCUCUCACUACAUCCAUUAUCCCUUUGCCUUUAACCCUGACAUUCAGUCUUAACACAUUUUCUCUUAAAUAAUUUAUUCAUUCCAGAAUGUCCAGGGUCCACUUACUAUUUAUUAAAAAACAAAACAAAACAUUGUUGGUGGCAUUAAUUUAAUAAAUCCUGUUUUCCACCCUCCUUCCCCAAAGAACUUUUCAGCCCUUUUCACCUCCUUCUUCUGCUAGAUACAAAAGAUGUACAUAGUGAUUUUUUGUCCCCAGAGCAUCUGGAAGCAUUUCUGAAACAAGAUACUAUUAAAUAUCUAUAUUGUUGCUUUCAAACAUGAGUGUCUAUCUGGCUACAGGACUGUGUAUUUAGAUGUAAAGUGUAUAAACUUACACUUAAACAGGCAUGCUCCUGAGGUCCACUCUGAGCUUGAAUCUUUUUCCAGAAUUUCCCCCUAAUACAGUUCAGCAACAAAUAGUAGGGUCAGCCUCAGUGGCAUUUCCCCUGUAUUCAGUUCAGCAGCAAGAGUCAGCAGUGGUGACUGCCAGGCAGGAGAGUCCUGCAGCCCAGCCUGAAGCCCAAGGCUUGUGGGCCAUGCAGGAGUUGACAGUGAAGCUGACACAGAAGGCACUUUUAUGCUGAGUUGCCUCGUCCCAGAUGGCAUGUCUAGAGAUUUCUUUGCAAAAUCCCUGGGAUGCAAGAAGCCACAUGACAGCCUGAGAGCAAAGAUAGAAGCAAAUAGUCAUGAUGUGUUCAGAGAAUGAAAGAAAACCAUAGGGAGGGAGAAGGGGGGAAAUACAUUCCCUAUGUGGGAUAUUCCUUCUGUUAACUCUAGGGAACAGAUUGCUCCUGGGGCAGCAGGAGUUACUCUGGCCGACUGCUUGUAUCUGUGGCAACAUGGGGACAUGCCUACGUGUGAACAAAAUUAACUGCACUGGUCACACAAGGAUUUCCCUGGAGAUGCGCUGAUGGGUUGGGAAGCAGUGAGGUUUCUUUCCCCAUCUCAUAAGUACAGGGAGCACUGCCAUGCCAUUGUGACCUUCCUGAAACCAGGACUGAUUGCCUCUGAGGGACCUUACCCGGAGUGGUUCAGUGGGAGAAUGUCUGUGAACGGGACUGUUCACCUCAUGGAACAACCCAGAAUCUCAUCACCAGGACACAGGAAUGGCCCUAUCAGAUUUCUUGAGCCAUUUUUUCACUCGGAUGAAAAUAGUGUACCUACAUAUUUAUUUAAAGAGUGCUCAAGGCCAUACCUAAUAGCAAUAAAUUGGUCUAGCCAAGAUACUACCAGCUAUGUCAUUAGCUGGGAGUGCUCUCAAUAAGCUGAUUAAGGUACUGAUAGAAACAUUUUGUUCUUAAUAUUGGUUGGGGAUUGGAACUGUGUUUUUGUACAUUUAUUUAAAAUGAGGAGGGGGUCAUUUUUUCAAAAAAUGAGUAUUUAUUAUUGUCUUACCAAUUGCUUUGAUUAUAUACCUCUCCUCCUCAGUUCACUCUCAUAUUUUUUCUCUCUCUCUGGCUUUUGCAUUCACUCGCUCUCAUUUCUUUUUUUAUUUUGUGGCGUAGGUAGUGUGCUGUAUGGCUAGCAUUGUAUUGUAUGUAAUUAAUUUUGCACAGGGCAAACAUUCAGAAUGGUAGGUUAAUUUUGUUUGUUUUUAUGACCAUGCCAAAAUAAUAUUCUGGGCUGGUGGAGAACAAAGGACUGUUCUUUAGGAUUGAAACUUGAUUUUGCUUGUAGUAAAAAAAACAAAACAAAACAAAACAAAAACAAAAAAAACCACACACACUCACAGAUGUUGUUUCAUAAGUGUUAUAAGCACUGGAUAUAAAUGGUAUUUUUUAUCACUUCUGACUAAUGUGAAACUGUUGUACGAAAACUACAUGAACAAAAGUCAUCUGUUUCGACUCGUGUGGGCUUGCCUCACAGUUGCUGGAUUUGAGUCAUUUUUAUGUCUUGUUAUUUCAUUUAUUUAUGCAAAAUACAUGUGUGUAUGAACGCUUUGUUUUAGCUCCAGCUCUGCCUCAGUACUGGGGUUCAGUUACUUCUGGCCAUGUUCUUAAAAAUGAAAUGCUGUUCAGGAAUGAUCUGACUGUAAACGUCUCUUUCAUUGGGUCAAACAGUGAUGCUGUAUUUGAAUCUAAAUUCUGUGCAUAAGCAGUUUAUUCUAUUUAUUAGCCAACUCUGGCUCUAAAUAUCCACGAAAAUUAAGAAUGACAAUCAUUGGGAUCACUUCAUUUUAUUUUCUGUGGGGCUUAAAACAAAGUUUUUAUGACUUUACCAUCUCAUUUUAGAAUUUUCUGAUCAUGUAAAUAUAACAUAGAAAUAGAAUUUUAUUUUUGGUUCAUGAAUACUUAGUGAGGUAUAAGUUAUGUAUUUCCUUUUUGUUCUCUAGCCAUGUAUGUUGGUCCAGACUAGAAAGUGACAAGUCACUGUACCUCAUGGGGUAGUGCGUUAUCAGCCGCAGUGAGAGGAACAGUGUUGGACCUGUAGCUGGAACAGCAAAACCCUUCACUCGGGUUUGCAUGCAGUUUAGAACCCACUGUCCACAGACUUGGACUUUUACUUGUUUUUCUCAUAGGAAGUUGAUGAAUUGAACAUUCUAAAUAUCCAUUUCAGCUGGGAGAGUCAAUCAGUUUUGAGAACCCGCUUAAAAUGUAUAAAAUAAUUCUAUGACCAUUGAAUAGCAAGAAGCAUAUAUGCCACUAUAAAGGCAAAAAAAUCUGCCUCUGUGAUUGGCUGUUAAUAAAAGUCCCACCAUGCCAAUUAUAUUAAAGAAUGUUAGUCAACUUUUUCAGUGCUCACUAUUUUAUGGUAUCUUCAAAUCAGAGAUAAAAGUUAUCUCCACCUUGUGAAAGAACUUACAGGAUCAGGUUUUCCCUGUUGGUUAGAAUAGGGACAGUGGUAGACAAUCCUCUCCUUAAAAAUGGUCUAUACGGAAAAGGAAAGAAAGAGAAAGAAAGGAAGAAAGAAAAAGAAAAAAGAAAGAAAGAAAGAAAGAAAAAGAAAGAAAAGGAGAGAGAGAGAAAGGGCUGAUCUGUGGCCUUGAGCAGCCAGCCAGGCAGUUUCUCUAUUUCGCUGACCAAUGUGAUGCAGUAUCUUUUUCCAGGAAGGUACGAAAGCUUUGUUGUUUUCAUGCGUGUUCAGCACAUCAGUUUGCUUCGUUUGGUAUUUGACACUCUCCAGUCUUGUCCUCAGGCCUGAUUUGAUUUGCCAGGGUCCUGACACCGACUCCCAGGCCAAGUUCUAAAUUCAGGUGUGGGCUCACAGGUUUGUUGAGAUUGUCAAAUUCUGGCCUGUCCCGAACAUUAGCCCCAUGAGAGCCUGGGGUGUUUGAAAAGGGUGUGAUCACUCUAAGUCUGAAAUUAAAGGCUGCUUUCUUUUCCUUAUGAAGCUAGGCUGCUGCUUCGGAGCACACCCUCCUGAGCCAGAAGCACAGGCAGUAGCUGAAAGCGGGGAUUGUUUCGAGGAAGCCUGUCUACCCCCAGCAAGAAGGCAGCCAGGUCACUCGAAAACCAGGGCUGAGGCUGCUUCUCUCAAUUUACUCAUUUUGCACAGAGAUGACCUCUACCUACGCAUUAGGGCAAGGAAAAAGAAUCACUUCGUAGUUUUAAACCAUGUGAAAAGUCCUGUACCAGGUGCCAACAACUGCAAAGACAUGCAGCUAAAGGAAUGUAUUAAAGUAUUACUGGGUCUUCCUUUUUAAUAAGAAAAUGACAAAAAAAAAAAAAAUGGUGUUGUAACCUUGCUGAUUUUGUACAUUUUGUCUAAAGAUUGAGUUGGCACUUGAGCUCACUUCUCAAAGUAUAAUAAUAUUGUAUGACCUCAUUUGUCCUUUUAUAAAAGCACUUGCAUCAUUUCCUUAAGUCAUCUGACCCCUGACAUGUUUUCUUCCUUAAUAAACAACUGUUAUUCCUGCCGAUCAUGUUCUGUUUGUGAUGCCAUAUACUGAGUGCACCCCUGUGCUUAUAUCAUUGAAAGAGAUUGAUAUGCAAACACAUUUCCUUGUCAUCCCCAUGCCAUCUUUUCCUUUGGGGACAGACUGCUUUCCAAAAGCUCAUGAACAAGUAUUCAGAAUGCUGAUUCCUUUGGGGCAGGGGUUAGUGUAGGGAGGGGGAAGGGACAGAAAGGUAAUGCUUAGUGCAGACACUCAGACUGGUGUCUGUGACAACAUGAAAGCUUGAAGCCAACUCAGUGACAUCUUGCUCAAUAGUUUUCCUAUUCCUGAAGAACCACAGGCGUAAAAGCGAGGCCUCUGUGCUGGUGCUCUUGGAGUAUGGGGAAUGUGCAAAUAUUUAACUGUUAUGUAUGCUGCACGUUGCAGACCUGCUCAUGUGCAUUCUCCGUUUGUCUUCCUUUGUCAUAUGUGUUUUUGCUUUCUUUGAAAGUGCAGUCUUUAUUGUACCCUUCUCCAGCUUGUAGCAUAUUAGUGCCUAGUGUUUAUGUUCAUUCAUUAUUGUAUUUGCCAUGUAAAAUUUUUAUUACCUUAGAUAAACUUAUAAGCUGUUACUACAUAACUUAUCUUACUGUAACUCUUAUUUUCUGACAUUGUAACUUGUUUGUGAUGUAUAUUUUGAGAUUGUAUUCUAUGUUAAUUUAAUCAGCACAAUUCACUGACAUGCUGGACUGACAUGCUGGCUGCUGUUUCAAAUUGUAAAGUUUGUGUAGGGCUGUUGGGACAACUGCAACUCUGUUGUCAAGGUACUGUGCUUUGGUUCCUAUAGCAACACUGUGGGUGUAGCCCUUGAAAUACUUAGGGCAUUUAAUGCACCCCCAAGCAAAUUUUAACUGCAGAUUUUCUUUGUAGAAAUUCUAUGUCUACCCCAGGUACCUACUUGGCCCAUGGCUGGUAAUUAUUUGGGCAAUUAGAAAAAAAACAAAACAAAACAAAACAAAAAACCAUAAAAACUAGUGUCUAUUGCUGCUUUGAAUAUGUUUGAAAGUCUGAAAAUGUAAAUAGUUUAUCAAAAAAAAAAUCUUGUACAGUCCAGUGUAAAGUUUUUAAAUGACCUUAAGGGUUGCCAUCACAUACUUCUCACACUCUCUUCUUGAUGAUGAAAAAAAAAAAAAAAAAAAGGUUUGCUAAGGAUUAAAGACAUGGGAGGAAAAAAA